UCCCGUCCUCACCAUGGCUUCAGCUGCCCUCCGCUCGAGCCGCAGUCUCGGGCCCUUGGCCCGUGGCCUGCGACUAGAAAGGCGCUGUGUUGCGACCGCCACAGCAACACAAUCGCCAUCAGCACCGCCAGCCCUCGGCCAGGAGGCCACCACCUUGACGGAGCCGCCCAACAGGCGGCAGGCCAUCCAGCAGGCGAAACCUUUCUCCGACUUCCUGACGGACAGAUACAACCGCCAACACGACUACUUGCGCAUCAGUGUCACGGAGCGAUGCAACUUGCGUUGCCUGUACUGCAUGCCUGAAGUCCACACCGCUGACUUUGGUGUACCGCUUUCACCGUCGAGCCACCUCCUUACCACGCCCGAGAUCGUCUACCUUUCCGAACUCUUCGUGUCCCAAGGCGUUACCAAAAUCCGCCUGACCGGAGGCGAACCCACCGUGCGUCCUGAUAUCCUGCCCUUGAUGCAGCAGAUUGGAAGUCUCAGAACAAAAGGUCUGCGCGAGCUCGCUUUGACUACAAAUGCCAUUUCGCUACACCGAAAGCUGGACAAAAUGGUCGAGGCUGGUCUGACCGGUGUCAACAUCAGUCUCGACACUCUCGACCCCUUCCAGUUCCAGAUCUUGACUCGUCGCAAAGGCUAUGACGCUGUCAUGAAGAGCAUCGAUCGUGUCUUGGAAAUGAACAAGUUGGGCGCCGGCGUCAAGCUCAAGGUCAAUUGUGUCGUUAUGCGCGGCAUCAACGAACGCGAGCUUAUUCCUUUUGUUGAGAUGGGUCGUGAAAAGGACAUCGAAGUACGCUUCAUCGAGUACAUGCCCUUCGGCGGGAACAAGUGGAGCGAGCGGAAAAUGUUGACCUACCAAGAGAUGCUGGACAUAAUCCGUGAGAAAUAUCCCGCGCUUCGUAGUGUAAAGGGUCACCUAAACGACACAAGCAAGACGUACGAGAUUCCGGGUUUUAUAGGCAAGAUUGGCUUCAUCACCAGCAUGACGCAUAACUUCUGCGGCACCUGCAAUCGCUUGCGCAUUACGAGCGAUGGCAGUCUGAAAGUCUGUCUUCACGGCAACACUGAAGUUUCGCUAAGAGACCUGUUGCGGAAGGAUAACAAUGGCAAUCCUAUGGAUGAGCACGCUUUUGAAGCUGUCAGAGAGAUAGAGAAGAAUCGGCGUCAAGGACUGUUCGUACCCGAACCGAGUUGGAUCGAGCGAGAAACUGCAUUGCUCAAUCUGAUUGGAGAGGCUGUCAAGCGCAAANAGGAGAAACAUGCUGGCAUGGAGGAACUGAAAAACAUGGAGAACCGGCCCAUGAUACUUAUUGGUGNNGGUAGGUUCCGCAAACCCUUUGAUAUCUUCGACCUUCGCAGCACCGUCAUUUACACGACUGCCGUACUGAACUGUCAAUUGGACCUAUACGAUACCGGAGCUGAUACUGAUUUGGUGGUAGCUGAGGGCAGUAGCCCGAGGAGAGGAUUUGGAAACUCCAAAAUCCGGCCCAGUGGCUCUAGCCGACUAGGACAAGCCGUUCCUUUGCAUCUCUUGCACUUUAGUGCCCCGAACUCUUUCGGAACACGCCUAUACUCUUCUUCAUCCACCUCCUCAUCUCCACCUCAGUCUUCAGAAGAACAGCCCGCCGAGGAAGUUCAAUCUGAUGUCACGCCACCCCUGCUAUCGACAAGGACUGAGGAACCAGAAUCUGGAUUUACAAGCCUCAGAGGCCUUUUCGGGAGCCCCAGAAAACCUUGGUCUCCGCCUCAGCCCUCAAUACACGAAGCAGAUGCGAUUACUGAUACGCAAUCUGGGAGAUCGACCCAGGAUAUUAACUCUACCGAUGAUCCUUUCGAUGGUAACCAGUUUGUGGACCAUUCCAACAACUUUUUCCCUAAUAUAGAAAAAGAGGAUGAGAAAGCGCAUGAGAUAUUGUCUUCCGUCGCUUCUAUCGAGCCCUCAAGGGGCUCUCACUUGAUUGGAAACUCGUCCCUCGUACGAAGGACCACUGCUCCACUCGGGUCCCGAUUGGCCGUACAAUCCCUCCACGACAUUAAGUACAAGAAGGCUACCAAACCCAGCAAGUCGAGAGCCACGAACAAGAUAAACUCGCCGCAGCCCAAGCCCCUGCCGGCUUGGAAACCCGAUUUAGAAGAUCUCAAACAGCCAUCUCGUUCGGAUGAGCGAAAGGUCAAGACAUCGACUGCAUCUGCAUUUACCAGACCACGCCCGUCAGGCCAGAAAACCGACGUUUUGCGCCCAACGUCUUUGGCCAGAAAGCACAUCAACCAGAGGCUUUCGGCUGCUCGUCAAGAAGAGUCAUCUGUAUCAUCAAAUGUCGCAGCUGAGGAACCUUCUUCAAAACCGCUCUCCAACCCUGACACUGGUCUCCUCGACACAAUAGAGAGUACACCGACAACUUCUUCAAGCUUGGGAACGGAAGAGUCGUCCAAUGCUGCUACUACUCUAACCCAUCUCACCUCGACUGGCGAAGCCCACAUGGUCGAUGUCGGCGCCAAAGACUCGACCGAGCGAGUCGCAGUAGCUGUCGGCUUCGUUCGUUUCGGCAGCGAUGAGCCGUACAGGCUCAUCACCGAGAACCUCAAUAAGAAGGGCGAUGUCCUCGGUGUUGCACGGGUCGCAGGCAUCAUGGCAGCCAAGAGAUGCUCAGAUAUCAUCCCCCUUUGCCACCCCAUCCCUGUCACAAAAAUCACAUUAGACAUCGGGACGAUAGCCCCAAGUAUACGCACUUCUUCCAAGGAUAAAUCUACACAUGGAAAGGUCGCGGUGGAGGCUCGAGUGUACACUCGUGGUCAGACAGGCGUCGAGAUGGAAGCUCUCACUGCGGUGUCGGGAGCUUGUUUGACAGUCUACGACAUGUGCAAGGCCGUGGAUAAGAACAUGACCAUCUCUGGUGUACGUGUCGUGUACAAAGCAGGAGGCAAGUCGGGUGUCUACCUGCACAAGCAAUUCGAGGAUCAUCCCGUUGCCGACAGGUUCAUCAAGAUGGAUGAUCUAGAUAGGAAGGGU